UCCCUGUUACAUAUAGAAGGAAGCACUGGUGUUAAGUUCUAACUAGAUUUGCACCUGGCUCCCACUUAAUUUGUUUUACCCUAAUUUGCAUGUCAUGUGGGUUUCGGCUGUGUAAAUUCAUGGUAAUAUUAAUAGUCAUGACUGCAGUAGGAGGUUAAGUUUCAACUAUACCCCAAAAACAGUUUGAAUAAAAAUGAACUAAGUUUCGAGAAAUGUUUAUAUUAUUGGCCUCGUAGAACCAUUCAAUGUUAAACCACAAGUCUUGAAAAUUUAAGGAACACCCAAUCUGAUGUGUUGCUUGCUCGUAGUAUCAGGAUAGUCUGCAAUCAAGUUCAUGUAGGAUGAGUAUUCUCAAGUUUCAUUCAAAAUAAAUAAUAAUGCAAUUGAAAGUUGAAGCAUAUCAAUUAAGAAAAUAUAGAAUUAAGGGAUCAUCUCCAAAAAUUGUAUUUUGAGUCAUUAGUUGCUCAUGAGAGAAGGGGAGCCUUGACGCAACGGUAAAGUUGUUGUCAUGUGACCAAAAAGGUCACGGGUUCGAAUUCUGAAAAUAACCUCUUGCAAAAAGCAAGGUAAGGUUGUGUACAAUGAAUCUUUCCCUGGGACCCGCAUGACGGGAGCUUCGUGCACCGGACUGCAUGACAAGGACCUGAAAAUUCAUACUUGGUCCCCCCUCAUGUAGCUGAUUAGUUCAUCUUUGUGGAUAGUUUAUAAAACAAUGGUGAGGAGCAGUUCAACUGGUACCUAGACUUCCUAUUGUGUCAUAGCAUGGCCUAAAGUUAUUGGAUGCAGUGGCAGAUGGCGUCUUCUAUUUAAUUUCCUAGUACAUUUUGUAUGGACUGAUCUAGAGCCAGCUGUGCUUUUUCUAAAAUCUUCAACCAUCUUUUACUGAUACUUUGAUGGUUUUAACAGAAUAGUGUCGUUUGUAGUACUCACUGCAUUCACUACAAAUAGGACAAGACUGGAGUUAUUAGAACGGUGGAAAUGACCAAAAACAGUUAUUGCAGAGAACCUUGAAACAGAACUAAGUACGAAGAUAUUCACCUCACCUUUCUUCUCUGUAUAGUUUGCACUCGCCUUCUUAUUUUUUUUGGCGACAACCUACACUAUAUCUCAUUGCGUAUGGAUGUUGUACUUCCAAAUCGAUACUGGUUUUAACUGCUGCUCAUCCCUUACAGGAGAUGCCUUUACUGAGGCAUAUCAUUGUCAUAUUCAUCAUGAUUUCUGUUUUGAUGUGUCAUCAAUUUUGAUUAGUUAACUAGGACGGACAGAUGAUGGUGGUCCAGUGGAGGAAAUGUAGAAAUGAAUCCAUCAGUCUGGCGGCCCAUGCUUUUGGUCUGUUCCAUGCUGUUCUUCAUGGACAUAACAGUAAGAUCAGCAUUCUCCAAAGUUCAAACUGUUUUUGAUUUCACUUUCGUCGUCUUCUUGUGAGGAGCCUUCCAGGGCAAUAUCCAUUUGUCAGCAUAGCUGCAAGAACAGCUGGUUUGGAUGUCAAUUUAUGCAAGUGAAGAAGGCCAAAAUUAUCUUAUGUUUUCUCGUCUCUUCGGAUCAUUGUAACAACAGACUUAAUCUAUGGAUGCUGUUACAGCAAGUAGCACUUCUAGAGUUUAGUACUUAGCACUGCAGUCUACUACUUUGUUACCGCCCAUCAGCAGUAGACUGCAAGAACAACUGAACAAGUUCCAUGUUGGUAAGCAAGGUUGAUGUCUCAACAAGCAGCCAGACCACCUACACAGUGAGAGGAUACCAAUUAACUUGCGGAUAAAGACUGACAAAGUUCUUGGUUCAUAGAUUUUCACUUUUGAUAGCAAGAUUCCGAGAAUGUGUCCUAUUUCUCACCUUAAUGUUUCAAAAACGAAAGGAAAUGGUUCUCAUCCUCAAAAGAGUUGUCAUGUGAUUGCCCACAUUGCUGAGGGUGUGGUUGAGGUUGAAGGCAAUGCCAGGUAUACAGCAUUACAUGUACAAAGUGUGUCAGGUAAGUCAAUGUCAAUACCCAUACCACGUGUGAAGGAUGAGUGCUUUAAUGUGAAAGAAUAAAGAUGUGGAUUUGGACAAUCCCAUGCUAUCUAUUAUUCUCGUGGAAGGUUGACUUGGCUUCUCUAUUAAUGCAACACCUAAUCGUCCUAGUUUUUUUUUUAUAUGUAUAUCCUUCUCACUGUGUUUUUUUCCCUCUCUUCAAGGCCGCCAUGAGUUUCCUGAGCAUGGUGGAGGCAGAGCUUCCUCCAGGGUUCAGGUUCCACCCAAGGGAUGACGAGCUCAUCUGCGACUACCUUGCAGUCAAGCGCGCUGGGAACCAUGGCUGUUCUAUGAUGGUGGAUGUUGAUCCCAAUAAGUGUGAGCCAUGGGAUUUCCCUGCUACUGCAUUUGCGGGGGGCAAUGAAUGGUACUUCUUUAGCCUUCUAGAUCGAAAAUAUGCAACCGGGCAGAGAAAGAACAGGGCGACCGUGUCAGGCUACUGGAAGGCCACCGGGAAGGAUAGAUCAGUGGCCCGGAAUAAUGUGCUGGUGGGUAUGAGGAAGACCUUGGUUUUCUAUCAAGGAAGAGCUCCCAAGGGGACAAAGACAGAAUGGGUCAUGCAUGAAUAUCGCAUUGAAGAUUAUGCUGCCGCAACCCAAAAGAUGCUGCCUUUCAAGGAAGAUUGGGUCCUCUGCAGAGUGUUCUACAAGGGAAGGGAGAUGUCUGCCAAGGCAAACAAGGAGACUAGCCAAGAUGAUCAAGGCUCUAUGCCCCUCCCACCUCUACUUGACUACACCACCACUGACCAAACCCCAUUUAACUUGAAAGGGUUUGAGCAGGUGCCCUGCUUCUCCAGCAUAACUCCAAGCCGCACACCUCACGUCCCAACCGUAAUGCCACACCUGCCUAACUUGAGCUCUGGACUGAACCAGUUCACGGGUGACAGAAAGCUCAUGAAGUCAGCAGUGAGCCAUCUCGGCAAGCUGGAAGGUGACCCAAAGCAAAGGAUGGCGCAGAACUUAGUAUCUGAAGAGUGUUUGGGGGGUUGCUCAGCACAGGGUGAUCUGCCACCUGCUUGGGUUCCUUUUGGAGAUAUCAUGAAGUUGCAGUGGAAUUACUAGAACAUGAUGCCCACUAUAUUUACAUGCACCCACUACAGUUCAUAUAAUUAGUGCGAUGAGAUUUGGUGCUUUUGAAACGGUUUUAUAUUCUUGGUUGCUAUAAUGAGAAGUUAUGUUAUGGUGGAUAGGCCUGAGGGGAUUUGAGAACAUGUUAAUGAAUACAGAGUGUCAGAGUGUGACAGUGAUGCCGAUAGCUAAUGGAAUAAGAUGGAAGCUGAUGCAGAAAGCCAAUGUGAUUUGCUUAUUUACACUAGCCAUGUAAAAUACAACACAUGAUAGAGGGAUAUAGAAUUAAUUCGAUGCCAAAAAAUUAUGGA